AGUCACUCUCAGCCAGGAGGACCGCAGCGGCAGUUUGGGAGAACCCAGACGGGGGGAAAAGUGCGUUCAACCCGGGAGAAGUCUCACAGAGGUUUCCACCAUGAGUUGGGGGACGGAGCUCUGGGACCAGUUUGAAAAUCUGGACAAACACACCCAGUGGGGGAUUGACUUUCUAGAGCGCUACGCAAAGUUUGUGAAGGAGAGGCUGGACAUAGAGCAAAGCUAUGCCAAGCAGCUACGAAAUCUGGUGAAGAAAUACUGUCCAAAACGUCCAAAAGAUGAAGAGCCAAGGUUCACAUCCUGUGUGUCGUUCUACUCCAUACUGGGCGAACUUAACGACUACGCUGGGCAGAGGGAGGUGGUGGCAGAGGAGAUGUCUCAUAAGGUUUACAAUGAGCUAAUGAGGUACAGCCAAGAGCUGAAAGCUGAGAGAAAACAUCACCUACAGGAAGGGAGAAAGGCUCAACAGUUUUUGGAUCACUGCUGGAAACAGAUGGACAAUAGUAAAAAGAAGUUUGAGAGAGAGUGCAGAGAAGCGGAGAAAGCCCAGAUGACCUUCGACCGGUUGGAUAAUGAUAUCAAUGCAACCAAGUCAGAGGUGGAGAAGGCCAAAGCCCAACUCUACAUGCGGACUCACAUGGCAGAUGAGAGUAAAAACGAAUAUGCCGCCCAGCUCCAGAACUUUAACGGAGAGCAGUGGAAACACUAUAAUAACUCCGUACCACACAUAUUCAAGAACAUUCAAGACAUGGAUGAACGGCGAACAGUAAAACUCGGCGAAACGUAUCAAAGGUUUGCAGAGGCAGAGAAGAGAGUCAUUCCCAUCAUCUCCAAAUGCCUAGAUGGAAUGGUUUCUGCUGCUAAGGCUGUGGAUGCGCGGCGGGAUUCCUCUAUCGUUGUGGAGUCAUUUAAAUCUGGCUUUGAACCACCGGGAGAUUUUCCGUUUGAGGAUUUCAGUCAGCACUUAAGCAGGACGGGAUCAGACGGGACCAUCAGCAACACCCCAAAAAGUGACAGAGACCUGGGCCCGAUCCCGCGUUCCGAAGCAAAACACACCAUCGGCAGAAGCAAGAACAAACUCUGGCUAUUUGGGAAAAAACCAAAGGUACCCUCUCUGGAGGAUUUCAGCCACUUACCUCCUGAGCAGAGGAGGAAGAGGCUGCAGCAGAAGCUUGAUGAACUCAAUAAGGAGCUUCAGAAGGAAACAGAUCAGAGGGAUGCAUUGAACAAGAUGAAGGAUGUGUAUGAGAAGAAUCCUCAGAUGGGCGACCCCAACAGUCUGCAACCAAGAAUCUCAGAGACCAACUGUAAUAUCCAGAAGCUGCGUUCAGAGAUCCACAAAAAUGAGACCUGGCUGUCUGAGGUGGAGGGCAAGCAGAGCUCCAGGGGAGACAGAAGGCACAGCGCAGACAACCACCAUCACACUCCUCAUGGCAGGGAGAGCCCUGAGGGCAGUUACACAGACGACACCAGCCAAGAGCAUCACACGCCACGCCACCGCCCCGCGCAGCCGACUCAGCCAAUCCACGACCCUCAUGAGUUUGAUGAUGAGUUUGAUGAUGAUGAUCCAUUGCCUGUCAUCGGACACUGCAAAGCGCUCUACUCUUUUGAUGGUCAAAAUGAGGGGACCCUGACAAUGGCAGAGGAUGAGGUCUUAUACAUCAUCGAAGAGGAUAAAGGCGACGGCUGGACCCGGGCCAGAAAGCAGAGCGGGGAGGAAGGCUACGUCCCCACCUCCUACGUAGAAAUCACAAUUGAGAAAAACAGCAAAGGUGCCGUCACCUACAUCUGAAGCCUCCCUGUCUUCUGUCUCCCAUUCUUUCCAUGUUUGCCUUAACCCCAGUUACACCGAACAAGACACUACACCAGAAACACUAUUCAAUCACCUGCAUGGACAUCUGUUCUGGGUUCCAUCCCCUCUGUUUACCUCUCUGCCUUUUAGUUCCUUAACAUUUUGUUCAUUCACCCCCUCAUGUUUGUAGGACUGAUGAAGGGAUGAGUGCCUGGGACAAAUAGGACAAACCUGUUUGGUUGUUGUAUAUGAGUAUUUUCCUCUGUUUGAGCUUAGUAUCAAUCAAGUUCUUUUUAAAGUUUUUGUAACAUAUUAGAAACACAUUAUUUUUGUUUAAAAUAGUCUUUUAUUAAUAAUUAUGGUGCUUUUAUUGUGGAAGAAGUAAUCAAACAUCCUGAUUUUAAGCUCUAUUUCUUUUGACCUUUG